AUAAAAGAUUCAUUAAGAAAUAUGGCGGCUAUAUAGCUUCGUAAUUGUCUCGGUGUUUGGACUGAGUUUUUCCUAAAUAUUUAUCUUAUGCGUACUAAAAAUUUUAAAAUAUUAAUUAAAUAUUUGUGUUAGUUAUUAUUCUUUUCGUGACAUUCGUCAAACGGCUCUUAAAAUGUAUGAUGAUAGAAGAGGCGGCCGUGGCGGUGGACGUGGUGCCCCACGUGGGCGUGGUGGUAGCCGUGGGUCUAUGAGUUCUAGGGGUGGUAGAUCUAGCGAUAGGUCACAAGAGAGAGGCAAUAGGUUUAGCGGUGGCGGCCGCGGAAGAGAUGUCGGUCGGGGAGGACGGGGCAUGGGAAGCCGAGGCGGAGGAGGACGAAGUGAUAACCGCGAUGACUUCCGUGGUAAAUUCAAUAAGAAUGACCAGCCCGGUGGUGCGUUACGGAAAAUCCGCUGGGACAAUGUCCAGUUGACGCCGUUCCAGAAAAACUUUUACGUUCCCCAUCCUAAUGUCGAAAUGCGUUCCCAGGCUGAAGUGGAAGCAUACCGUAGUCAACAUCAGAUUACGGUCAAGGGGAGGGAUGUUCCUGCACCCAGUAUGUUUUUUGAUGAAGGUGGCUUUCCUGAUUAUGCCAUGAAGGAAAUACUUAAACAAGGCUUCCCUAAUCCGACUCCAAUUCAGGCUCAAGGAUGGCCAAUUGCUCUGUCCGGGCGGGACAUGGUCGGAAUUGCUCAAACAGGCUCCGGAAAAACCCUAGCCUAUAUUCUGCCAGCUAUUGUACACAUUAUAAAUCAGCCUCGGCUCCUGAGAGACGAAGGACCCAUAGUCCUCGUUUUAGCUCCAACUAGAGAGCUGGCCCAGCAAAUACAAACGGCCCUUCUAUCCAUGAAUGGGAUAACAACAGAUGUCUCAGAUGGAAAUUCAAACAACAUGGAUAUAGUGGCAAAUGAAUUUGGUCAGAGCGUUCAAGUACGGAACACGUGUAUAUUUGGCGGGGCUCCCAAGGGUCCUCAAGGGCGCACACUGGAAAGAGGUGUUGAAAUUGUCAUCGCUACCCCCGGGAGACUUAUAGACUUCCUUGAGAAGGACACAACAAACCUCCGUCGCUGCACCUACUUGGUACUUGACGAGGCAGACAGGAUGUUGGACAUGGGUUUUGAACCUCAGAUUAGGAAGAUCAUUGAACAGAUACGACCUGAUCGGCAGGUCCUAAUGUGGUCGGCAACUUGGCCCAAGGAGGUGCAGAAUUUAGCGGAGGAGUUCCUACAUGAUUACAUCCAGAUCAACAUUGGGUCGCUGUCGCUGUCUGCCAACCACAACAUCCUGCAGAUAGUGGACGUUUGCGAGGAGUGGGAGAAGAACGACAAACUGCUCACUCUACUCACUGAAAUAUCAUCGGAGGAGGAAACCAAGACCAUCAUCUUUGCUGAGACGAAACGGAAGGUGGAUGACAUAACCAAGAGCAUAAACCGUGCCGGCUGGCGCGCCCUCUCCAUACACGGGGACAAGAACCAGCAGGACAGGGACUACGUGCUGGCGCAGUUCCGCUCUUCCAGGACCGCCAUACUGGUCGCCACCGACGUGGCGGCGAGAGGACUCGACGUGGAAGACGUGAAGUUCGUCAUCAAUUACGACUAUCCCAACAACUCUGAGGACUACGUGCAUCGCAUCGGCAGGACUGGCAGGUCGCACAACACGGGGACAGCCUACACGCUCUUCACACCGAACAAUUCCGCUAAGGCCAAAGACCUGCUGUCAGUCCUACAAGAAGCGAAUCAAGUUGUCAAUCCGAAGCUCUUAGAGUUGGCGCAGUGCGGGAUGGGAUUCAAGGGAAAAUAUGGUCGCGGCAGGUUCCGUGAGCGCGACGACAGCGGGGGUCGCGGUAGGGGCGGUCGAGGGGGAGGGCGGUACACGGGAGACAGAGGAGGUUCGAGGUGGGACAGUAGUAAUGGACAAGGUUCUGGAUACAACCAAAGCUCCAGUUCGGGUUACAGUCGAUCAGACGGCUAUAGCACCCGGCAGAGUUUUGGAAGCAGCCGAGAAAACAGCUUCAGUAGAGACCGCGAGGGGUUCCGGGGUAGAGGUCGCGGGAGGGGGUUCAGCUCGAGCGGCUAUGGCAACAAUCAGAAUCAGGGCCAGGGGUACUCGGCCCCGAACAGUUACUACAACAUGUACUCCCAACCCCCACCCUCACAUUAAUAAAAGAUUCCUUACUCUAUAUGAAAACACACGAGUUAAAACAAUCAGUAUACAGUUACAUUAGCGUAUCUGUUUCGUUCGGAAACGAGAUGCAAUAUAUUAUAUCAAGUUGAAUGUUUCUCUUAAUACAGAAGCCGUUAUCGUGUAUAUACUACAUAAAGUUUAAAGUUGAGUAACGAUAGUCUAGCGUUUAGUGGAAAUUGUAUUAUUAAGUCCCACUUACACCCAAGAGAAAAUAAACGUUAUGGAAAAUAUUGUGAAACGGUGAAGUUACUAGGACAUCACUUUGAACUGUUUAAAUUUUUAACAUUCCUGUACAAUUACAAUACUGUUUUACUAGGGAUCACUUAAUAAAUAUAUUGAAAGGGUA